CUGCUUUGGGGUUGGUUCUGGUCCCAGCACCCUGCUGGGCUGAGGUGGGGCUCAGCCAGCCGAGGGGCUCCCCAGAACCAAAGGCCCCUCUCCUUUUUGGGGUGCACCCCAUGUCCCAGCCCCCCUCGGGGCGGGCGCACCCAUCCCACAGUGGUCCCUGUCCCGGGUGACGUCCUUCCUCCCGCAGCCUCUGCAGCCACAGCCGCUCUCCUGCCCCCGCCUCUCCUUCCCCGCCGGGCAGAGCUCAGCCCACAACACCCCUCGGGUUUCGGAACCGCCCGGGGCUGCCCCGGUGCCCCCGGGCCCUGGGGGUGCUGCCGACCGGAGCUGCAGCUCGGGGUCCCUCCGCAGCCCCCAGCACAGGUCCCACGGUGCCAGGCUGGGCCAUGCUGGCGAUGCUGAUGCUGAGCACCCUUUGGGUGUGCCGGGCCGUACCAGAACCGGGGCAGCACCUCGAGGUGCUGUGGGUCUGGGGGCACCCGGGCAGGCACGGGCUGAGCCCCCCCCUGCUCCUCUCCCGCAGGAGGAGGGAGGAUGGUGGGCAGCAGCCUGGGGUCACCACCUCCCUGCCCAUCAGCAACGCUGUUUCCUUGGAUCCUGACCCACUGGUGGGCUCUGGGCCAGCACCAGCCCCCAGCACCAACAGCAGCCUCGUGGUGACAGGCACAGCCCAUCCCUGGGAUGAAACCCACUCCCCAGAUCCUGACCUGCAGCUGAGCUCUGCACCAGCACCCACCAGCGAGGCCAACCCGGGCCGGGCCCCAGAGGUGAUGACCACAGCUGAUCCCUGGGAUGAGACCCAUUCCCCAGAUCCCGACCCGAUGCCACCAGCACCUCCCAGCACCCGGACCAGACAGCACCAGGCACUGGAGGUGACAACAGCAGCAGAACUGCAGGACGAGACCGAUUCCCCGGAUCCGCUGAGCUCUGCACCAGCAGCUCCCAGCACCCGGCCCAAACCCCAACCCCCCACCACCACCACCUCCAGAUGGAUCACAUCACCCAUCAAGGAGGGGACAGCAGCCACGGGCAGCAGCUCAGCGACCCCCCAGCCCUCACGACCACCACCGGAGCCUCCAAGAAAACCGAGAAAUCCAGAGCUUCGCCCUCACCGACUCCUCCAUCCCCUUGGGACAGGGAAAGCAGAGGGACAGCGGAGCGACGUCCCCUGGGACCCCAGAAGGGUGAUGGGCAAGUGCCUGCUGGCCAUGCUGCUGCUGGCACUGGUGGCCGCCACCUUCAUGGGGUGCACGGGGGUGCUGGGGGCUCUGCUGUGGCAGCGGUCACGGAGAGCUCGGCACCAGCUGGGCCCCACCGAGAUGGUUUGCAUCUCCUCCCUGCUGCCCGAUAGCCAGGUGGCCACCAAUGGCCCCAGACCCAUCCCAGCCCCACGCCACAAAACCUUCCUGGAUGGUGGCACCGAAGCUGACAGUGACAACCUGACUCUCAGCAGCUUCCUGCCCUGAGCUGCUGUGUCCCCCCAGCACCCCUGUGCCAGGGAGGGUUAGAGGGAGGGGGGGGUCUGGUCCCAGCCCCUCAGGUUUGGGGUUUAACUCGGGAUGUUGUGAGGAGGGGGCUGCUUUCCUUUAGGGUGAGCUCAGCCCUCCAGGUUGACCCAUUAAAGUGCUACCCCCGGA